AUGCGGCGAGCGUGCGCCGUGCUCUACCGCGCCCUGGCAAUUACCACAAAUCUCGGCGCCGGCGCUGCGCGGCAACUCUCCGUCGUCGCCCAGCCUUCGAUUUCCGCCUCCGGCCCACGCAGUCUACGCGUCGCCUCCGUCGAUCACGGACGCGGGAGUGUUCUGCUUCCCUCUCACAGUGCUCCAGUGAGAGGACGUCUCGUUGUAUUGUCGCUCGCAUGCUUCCGGUGGGAGUUGCUGGAGCGAGUAUUCAAACUGUUCGAUCUGGACAGAGAUGGAGUCCUUCGGCAGGACGACUGGAUAGAAUUUCUGAAAGAGCGAUUGACGGACGAGAAGCAGAUAGACUUCGCCGAGCAGCUGGAGAGCGUCGCCUUCGUGCUGUGCGCCGAGGACCCCGUCACGCAGGACAAGUUCUGCCAGAUAUUCAGAGCCAAGGGGAUCGUCGACAAAUUAUUCCGCCUUAUAGACCAAGACGGAGACGGCGUUGUCACCACAGAAAAGGUGAUGGAGUUUCUCGCUAAUAUCACAAACGCCAGGAGGCCCUCUGGAUUUGAGCAAGGUAACCUGGAAUGGCUGGAAAAGCUCUUCCGGCAGACGGUUGGUGACGGAGCAGAGAUUCGCCGUGAUGACUUCAGAAAAAUCGUCGUCUCAAAAAACCCUUUCUUUACAGAGCGGGUGUUCCAAAUAUUUGACAAAGACAACUCAGGAUCAAUAUCCCUACAAGAGUUCAUCGAUGCCAUGCACCAAUUCGCUGGCCAGUCACCCGAUGACAAAAUAAAGUUCCUGUUCAAAGUUUAUGAUCUCGAUGGUGAUGGUUUAAUUCAGCACAGGGAACUGCAGCAUGUGAUGAGAGCAUGCAUGGAGGAGAAUGGAAUGAAAUUUAGUGAGGAUCAAAUUGAUGACCUAACUAUGGCAUUAUUUGAAGAUGCUGACCCAGAAAACAGAGGAGCCAUUACUUUUGAAGCACUUAAAAACCAACUGGAAAAGCAUGAAGGCCUUUUGGAAAAUUUAACUAUAAGCAUUGAUCGAUGGCUAGUGCCACCAAAGCCCAAAGCUCCACCUAAAUCACUAACAAGGAGGCUUGCAGCACUUGUUCCCUAUCAGCUGACUCGACCAUAUAUGAAGAAUAAUUAUGUUUAUUUGGUGUUUUUGAUGUUCGUAAUCAUUAUUAAUGUUGCUCUCUUCGUGUCACGAGCAAUUGAGUAUCGAAAUCAUAAUACCUUUGUCAUUUUUGCAAGAGCUUGUGGCCAGUGUCUCAAUUUCGACUGCAUGUUCGUAUUGGUGUUAAUGCUCAGACACUGUAUAACAUUUUUGCGUACAAGAGGAUUCAGUACAAUAUUGCCCCUUGAUCAGCACAUAUACUUUCAUAAAUUAGUUGGAGUAUUAAUAUUUAUAUUUAGUGUGUGGCACACCAUAAUGCAUCUCCUGAACUUCAGUCUCUUGGUUGUAAACGAUCCUGUGGUAAAUGCCAAUAACUAUACUCUUACUGAAUGGAUCCUAACAAGUAGACCAGGUUUGUUUGGUUUAGUAGGUGGGGCUGCCAAUCCUACUGGAGUUGUGUUGAUCAUUAUUCUUUUUAUUAUGUUCAUAUGUUCUCAGCCUUUUGUCCGGCGAGGAGGUUGUUUUGAGGUUUUUUACUGGACUCAUUUGCUUUAUGUUCCAUUCUGGGUGCUAGUAAUUUUUCAUGCUCCAAAUUUUUGGAAAUGGUUUGUGGCUCCAGCUAUUAUUUACAUCAUAGAACGUAUACUACGUCUAGUAUGGUUACGAUCUAACAGAGGAAAAACAUACAUUAGUUCAGGUCUCGUGCUUCCCUCUAAAGUAAUUCAUCUUGUAAUUAAGAGGCCACACCAUUUUGAUUUUCAUCCAGGAGAUUAUGUAUUUGCUAACAUUCCUGCAAUUGCUAAAUAUGAGUGGCAUCCAUUUACCAUCAGCAGUGCACCAGAGCAGGAAGAUUAUAUGUGGCUUCAUAUUAGAGCAGUUGGACAGUGGACGAACAGAUUGUAUGAAUAUUUUGAAAGGGAGCAAGAAAAGCUGCACAGUGUUGAAGAGGAUCUAACUGCAAACAUUGUGAACAAAAAACUUAUUAAUGGAAAUGAUUUAACACCAGCACAGAAGUUUCCAACUUCAGCUCAACGAAAGUUAGAUAUGGAAAGCAGUAUCAGUAGUAAGGUCAAGGCUAUUGGAUAUAGAAAGGAUGGUGGAGGUGGCUACAUAAAUGAGAGCUUCACCAGUGAUAAUGAUAUUGGUCCAAACAGACCAGCUCAGCAUGUUUCUGAAGGAGACCUUAGCCUCACGCGUCCUGCUACUACUAAUGAGCAUCUGUCUCCAACACCAAAGAAGUUAUUACAAGAGAGGAAACUUCCCUUACUACUACUGGCAAGGAAAACACCAUUGGCAAAGUCGCUGUCAAUGCCAGAUAUGGAUAACAGAGUGAAAAAACGUCAACGACUUAUGGUGUUACGUGAGUACAUGCGCUCAGAAUCAGAAAAAAGUUUUGAUGAAUGCCAAAUGAGGCGUGCACGACUACAGUCUCUUGGUCUUGCUUAUCUGAGCCCUCAGAACAAGUCACUGGCACAAAGUUUUCGCUAUAUGCGCAACAAACCAACUAUCAUAGCAUUCAAGACACCAAGCUUGGAGAACUGUGAUGCCCAAGCUUCAGCAAUGGCUCUUUCAAUAGCAAGGCAAAAUGGCUCAAACAGUGCUCAAAGUCCCGAAAGGAUUGCUGAAGAAGGCCUAAGCCGUUCUCCUGUUGCCAGUGGAAGCAGUUCUCAACUCAGUUCAAUAGAGCUUGCACUUACACAUACACCUAUCAACUAUCCUGUUGGAAAACCACUUGCAAAAAUCUCAGAAGAAAAUUUAAUUGAAUUUGCAGACAUUCAGUUAGAUGAAGAAACUGAGAUUUACCUGGAUGGACCAUAUGGAGCACCCUCAAGUCAUAUUUUCAGAGCACAACAUGCUGUUUUGAUUGCCACAGGAAUUGGAGUCACCCCAUUUGCAUCAAUUCUGCAGUCAAUUAUGCACCGAUACUGGAAAGCGAGGCACACAUGUCCAAAAUGCAAGUAUUCAUGGGCAAGUGAAAUACCACCAACAGUCAUGAAACUCAGAAAGGUAGACUUCUUCUGGAUAAACAGAGAUCAACGUUCAUUUGAAUGGUUUGUGAAUUUGCUGUCACAACUGGAAAUAGAACAAGCUGAACUUGGAGGUGCAAUGGAAAGAUUUCUUGAUAUGCACAUGUAUAUCACAAGUGCUCUUCAGAAAACUGACAUGAAAGCAGUAGGACUACAGUUAGCACUGGACCUGCUGCAUGAAAAGGAAAAACGAGAUCUCAUCACUGGCCUCAAAACAAGAACAAAUGCUGGACGUCCAAACUGGGAUAAAGUAUUUAAGCAGUUACUGGAUCAAAAGAAAGGCAAAAUAACAGUAUUUUAUUGCGGGCCACCACAGCUUGGCAGGAUACUGAGAGUUAAAUGUGAUCAAUAUGGAUUCGAGUUCCGCAAGGAAGUGUUCUAACUGAGAAUUUCGUCUGAUGCGAGUAACAAUACUCAGUCUGCUAUUAAGAAUGUAUCCCCUCCUGCAAGAUGUCAUUUCAUGCAUCUUUGCAACUGAUGGUCACAAAGUUGAUAUAUAUUAAUCAACAAUAAUUUUUAUAGUUAAUAAAUCUCAAAUGAGAUGAAAGUGAAGUAAAUACUGAAGUGCAAUAUUAAUAUAUCAAAGUUCGGAUUUGUUGCUUUUUAUUAUGUAAUACAGCUACCUAUAGCUGGACUGUAUCGCUGAGCAUUUGAGAAUACCAAGACGCAGAUGGUUGUGAUUGUGUGAUAUUUUAAAAUGUAUUAUUUUGAAAGAUGCAUUGAAGUCAGUUCUUUUCUUGUGGGAGCUACAUUUUUAUACAACAGUAUUCUGCAAACUUUUUAUGGAGGUUGAUUCUAACCUAGGAUCUAGUCAUUGUAUAUUGAACACUGAUAACUGUGCUUUACAAGACAUAUUUUCCAGAGUGUAAAAUGUAUUUAUUUACUGUAUUCUACUUGGGCAUGGAGAGUAGAGGUGGAAAUUUUAUUGAUCACUGUUUGUAACAAUUUAUUUGCAGCAUAAGUAAUUAAUUUUUAUUUAGCUUUCAAAAUGUAACUGUAUUGAAUAAGCAAUAUGCUUACUACAAGGCAUGGAUGGAUGGAUGGAUGGAUGGAUGGAUGAACAACUGAAUGAAUAAAUGAAUGAAUGUUGAAGUGAAACUGUAAAUUAUCUUUCAUACUGGUAUUUAUGAAUCAUUUUUGUGUAUUAUUUAUGUAAUAUUUAUUGAGCUUGUAAAAGCAUACUGUAAAACAUUUCUCAUGUGUUGUUCCACAAUUAUGUAUGUACUUGUAAAUAUAUA